AAAACAUUCCUGCCAUUAACAACUGAUGGGAACACUGACGGAUCCCAACAAUACACAAAGCAAGAUCUUUAAUCUGCCAGGAUGAUCAGCCGAAACACGAAGAACGUGCUGGUGGUGUCGUUCGGAUUUCUGUCCUUGUUUACGGCGUAUGGAGGACUGCAGAGUUUACAGAGCAGUCUGAACACUGAGGCAGGAAUGGGCGUCAUUUCACUCAGCGUCAUCUACGGAACCAUCAUCUUAUCCUCCAUGUUCCUACCGCCCAUCAUGAUCAAAAAUCUGGGCUGCAAGUGGACCAUCUUCAUCUCCAUGGCGUGCUACAUCAGCUACUCUUUCGGAAAUCUGUUCCCCGGGUGGCCGAGCCUGAUCGCUACAUCUGCCAUUUUGGGUUUGGGAGGUUCUCCACUGUGGUCUGCAAAAUGCACCUACCUCACCAUCAGCGGGAACGAACAAGCCGAGAGGGAGAACAAGAAAGGCCAAGAUAUCAUAAACCAGUACUUUGGCAUGUUCUUUCUCAUCUUCCAGUCCUCGGCCGUGUGGGGGAACCUCAUGUCGUCGCUCAUAUUUCAGCAGGAUGCUAAUAUAGCUGAGAUCCCUGAGGAGAGGCUGCAGUACUGCGGCGCCGCCCUCUGUAACGAGAACUUCACCACCGCAGGGAACUUCACCCGGCCUGAGCAGAAGCUCGUCAAUAUACUCAUGGGCUGCUAUAUCGGUGUGGGUGUUCUGGCUAUGAUCAUCGUGGCCGUUUUCCUGGACAACAUCGACGGAAUGAAGGCGCAGGAGUUUCGGAGGAACAAAGGGGACCAGUCGUUCUUCAGCACCUUUCUGGCUACGUUCACGCUGUUGAGAGAUAAGAGGCUCAUCAUGCUCAUCCCUCUCACCAUGUACAGUGGGUUCGAGCAGAGCUUCCUCGCCGGGGAAUACACCAAGAAUUAUGUCACCUGCGCAUUAGGAAUCCAUUACGUGGGCUAUGUGAUGAUUUGCUUCGGCGCUGUAAACUCACUCAGCUCAUACUUGUUUGGAAAACUGGCGCAGUAUACCGGGAGGAUCGCUCUCUUCUGCUUCGCUGCUGUAUUAAACCUGAGUGGUGCUAUCGCCCUGCUGUUCUGGAGGCCUCACCCGGACGAGCUGCCUGUCUUCUUCGUCUUUCCUGCUCUCUGGGGCAUGGGGGACGCUAUAUGGCAGACACAAACGAACGCGCUGUACGGCACCCUGUUCCCAAACCACAAGGAGGCGGCGUUCGCCAACUACCGCAUGUGGGAGUCGCUGGGCUUCGUGAUUGCGUUCGCGUACAGCACCUACAUCUGUCUGUCCACCAAGAUCUACAUCCUCAUAGCGAUGCUGGCUCUCAACAUGGUGACCUACAUCUUGGUGGAGUUCAACGAGUACCGCCAUCCGACCACGCCCGCCAGUCCUGACAGAACUGAGAAAGAGGACGUGAUGAAGGUCACAAAUUUUUAGGCGCAUACCUUAAUACAGACGAUAACGCUUGGCUGACCGGGUACGAGGGCACUGCAUGGUCCUAAACGUGAUUUAUAUAUUUGUAAUGAAUUAUAUAUGUGUAAAUUAUGUAAUUAACAGAAACGUUAGUUUAAAAAUUUCUGGGUUGUUUGUGUGAAAUCAACAGUGAUGGCAUAGUUACCUUGAAAAAGUAAUCUGAUUACUGAUUACUGAUUACUCCUUUAAAAAGUAACUUAGUUACUUUAUGGAUUACUUGAUUUUAAAAGUAACUAAGUUAGAUUACUAAGUUAGGUUACUUUAUUAGUUAUAUAAUGCGGUCCGCUAAUGUAUCCCAUAAUGCAACUGGAGCUGCGUAGGCGAUUGAAGCGGAAUAAGAAAUAAGAAAGAUGGCGGAAAACGGAGUCCUCUGUUCACAAGUGUAAGUAAGAUAAAUAAAAUAAAACAUUUUAAAGACAAAUAAAUAACAAAAAGACGAUAAAUAUCCUAAAUCUUGGCGAGUGGGAUUUGUAAUGAGUCUGUAACUAUGGUGAUAUUACGUCAUCACGUCCUCACGUCAUCACUUGACGUUGGUAAGAUGUACUUCUUUACCAGCCGAGUAGUGCAUACUUCCUCCAAUCUAGUACAGACUCUGUAAGUAUGCGAUUCCGGACGCAGCCCGUGACUUAGUUGUCGCAUAGGACAGACGUCACUCCCCGAGACACAAGAAGAAAGCAAGAAUAUAUCUUUUUACUAAGGAAAAUGACAAAAAUAGUAACGCACAGUAACUUGGAUAAGUAACUUUAAUCUGAUUACUGGAUUGGAAAUAGUAACGCGUUAGAUUACUCGUUACUGAAAAAUGUGGUCAGAUUAGAGUAACGCGUUACUGACCAUCAGUGGAAAUCAACACAGACCAUUUGUUUUUAGCAUGACAAAGGAGGAACCGAAACCACAAUGCUACCAAAAACCUGAGCUCAGAGCACUGCACAGUUAUAUACCUCUAUUGUUUUUGUUAAUUAAUGUACUUUUAUUCUAGAUACUUCCAUCACAAUUCCAAAACUGUCUUUGACUUAAUACCCAAGAAUAUAAACAAAUAAAAAACUCAGAUUGAUAGAA